UUUGUAUUGUGUAUUAUCAAGUUUUUUUUAUAGUUCUAAACAUUUCGAAAUAUGAACAUUGAUUUUAAUGGAAAGAAAGUGUUGGUAACGGGUGCAGGAAAAGGUAUUGGUCGAAGUUUAUGUGUGGCUUUAUGUGAAGGUAAUGCUGAUGUGUAUGCUCUUUCACGAACUCAAUCAGAUUUAGAUAACUUACAGAAAGAGUGUCCAAACAUCCACUGCAUAUUAGCAGAUCUUCAAAAUUUUGCUGACGUCCGAGAAAAACUAUCAGAACUUCCAAAUGACAUUACGUUACUGGUGAACAAUGCAGGCUAUGCGAAGUUGGAACACUUCUUGGAUGUUACGGAGGAAGCUUUUGACACAAUUAUGAAUAUAAAUGUCAAAGCUAUGUUGAUAGUGUCACAGAUCAUGGCAAAAAAGAUGAUCAGUAACAAAUGUGGAGGCUCAAUUGUCAAUGUGUCCAGUCAAGCAUCAAUGACUGCUUUGCCGCUCCACACAGCUUAUUGUACAUCUAAAGGAGCAGUUGAUCAGCUGACUCGAAUGAUGGCGUUGGAAUUAGGACCUCACCGGAUACGUGUGAACGCGGUUAACCCAACUGUUGUGCUUACUGACAUGGGAAAACUUGCUUGGUCCGAUCCUAAAACUGGUGACCCGAUGAAAAAGCAAAUACCUCAGGGAAAAUUCGCAGAAGUCAAAGAUGUCGUUCAUCCUAUUUUGUAUCUACUUAGUGAGAAAAGUGAUAUGAUCAAUGGUGUUAUGCUACCUGUCGACGGCGGUUUUCUUGCCACAAAGACGUUGAAGUAAUAAUAAUAAACAGUGCAUGAAAAAAUAUAAGUAAAAUAAAUAUAUAAUAGGAAUAA